CCAAAUCUCCUUUAUUACUGAAGUCAUUUUUGCCAGCAGGAAUAAGAUUAAAGGUGCUUAAGACUGUAGAGUUGUUUCUAAUUUGUACGUGUCAUUUCAGUGGCAUUUUAACAGAAUUUUGUCUUGCCUCGUUCCCCUCCCUACUUCCCCAUGGUACUGUGCUCAAGUUAGGUCUAAGAAGGAAAGCUAUUGGAAGAAAUUUUCAUUUUGUUCCCUAAUUAUUAUGCUGGCACUUGGGAGAUAAUUUUUCCCUUCAUGCACUGCCAAUUAAUAUGCAGAUGAGCUGAUAAAUAUUUAUAUCAUGAUUUAAAUUAUGCAGGGAGCGCUUUCAGUGUACUCUGCAAAUGAAUUGUUCAUGGACUUCAAAGUGCUGGCUGCUGUGCUAACGAGAGGAGAUUUGCAUAAGGCCCUAAUCAGGCGCAUACUGAUUAAGCUUCAUUAUGGAAACUGCCAGCUGCAAUCUUUGUUUCUAUUUUAUUAAAAAAAGGGGAACUUUUCAUGCUUCAGUCGCCUUGACAAUGUCAGACACAGCUAGUAGGAGAGACUAAAACUCCACAGAGCAACUGAAGUUUCUCUGUUCAGUUGAAGAUUGCUAUGGUGUAACUGAAGUUGUGUUUCUCUAUCCCCACCCCCUCCCUUUCUUGUUCCGUUAAGAGCAGUAGUGUAGGUUUUUAUUUUAUAAAUAGUGUUUUCCUCCCCUUUCCUUGGACUAUCUGACUCUGCAGAGGAUUGCACAGCUAUGCUGGACUGCAGCGACUACGUUCUAGACUCAAGAAUGAACACUCCGUCAGAAACCAGUAAACCUGUAAAAAUGGAGAGUGGGGAUGGGGAAACAGGCACACAGACAAAUGGCCUGGACUUUCAAAAACAGACUGUGCCUGCCACAGGGGCGAUCUCUACAGCCCAGGCCUUUCUUGGACACCUCCAUCAGGUUCAGCUCCCUGGAUCAAGUUUACAGGCUGCAGCCCAGUCCUUAAAUGUACAGUCUAAAUCUAAUGAAGAAUCUGGGGACAGUCAACAGCCAAGCCAGCCUUCCCAGCAGCCUUCAGUGCAGGCGGCCAUACCCCAGACCCAGCUCAUGCUGGCCGGAGGACAGAUCACUGGGCUUACAUUGACACCAGCCCAGCAACAAUUAUUGCUACAACAGGCACAGGCACAGUUGCUGGCUGCUGCCGUGCAGCAUUCAGCCAGUCAGCAGCACAAUGCUGCAGGCGCCACCAUCUCAGCUUCUGCUGCAACGCCCAUGACACAGAUCCCUCUCUCUCAGCCCAUACAAAUUGCACAGGAUUUGCAGCACCUGCAGCAGCUCCAACAACAGAAUCUCAACCUGCAGCAGUUUGUGUUGGUGCAUCCGACAACCAACUUGCAGCCAGCACAGUUCAUCAUCUCACAGACGCCGCAGGGGCAGCAGGGCCUCCUGCAAGCGCAGAAUCUCUUAACGCAACUACCUCAGCAAAGCCAAGCCAACCUCCUGCAGUCUCAGCCAAGCAUCACUUUCACCUCUCAGCAGCCAGCGACCCCAACACGCACAAUAGCAGCAACCCCUGUUCAGCCACUUCCACAGAGCCAAUCAACACCAAAGCGAAUUGAUACCCCCAGCUUGGAAGAGCCCAGUGAUCUUGAGGAGCUUGAGCAAUUUGCCAAGACUUUCAAACAAAGACGGAUCAAACUUGGAUUCACUCAGGGUGAUGUUGGGCUCGCUAUGGGUAAACUCUAUGGAAAUGACUUCAGUCAGACUACUAUCUCUCGCUUUGAAGCCUUGAACCUCAGCUUUAAGAACAUGUGCAAGUUAAAACCACUUCUGGAAAAGUGGCUUAAUGAUGCAGAGAACCUCUCAUCUGAUUCAACUCUCUCCAGCCCAAGUGCCCUGAAUUCCCCAGGGCUGGGAAUUGAGGGCUUGAACCGCAGGAGGAAGAAACGCACCAGCAUAGAGACCAACAUACGUGUGGCCUUAGAGAAGAGUUUCCUGGAGAAUCAAAAGCCUACCUCGGAAGAGAUCACCAUGAUAGCUGACCAGCUGAACAUGGAAAAGGAGGUGAUCCGUGUUUGGUUCUGCAACCGGCGCCAGAAAGAAAAACGGAUCAACCCACCCAGUAGUGGUGGAACCAGCAGCUCGCCCAUCAAAGCAAUUUUCUCUUGUCCAACUUCACUGGUGGCAACCACGCCAAGCCUUGUGACAAGCAGUGCAGCUACCACCCUGACUGUCAACCCUGUGCUCCCUCUAACCAGUGCUGCUGUAACAAGUUUGCCAGUCACAGGCACCACGGAAACCCUCCCCAACAACACAGCAACUGUGAUUUCUACCGCUCCUCCAGCUUCCUCGGCAGUGACAUCACCCUCACUGAGUCCCUCUCCUUCUGCCUCCGCUUCCACUUCUGAGGCAUCCAGUGCCAGUGAGACCAGCACAACACAGACAACCUCCACCCCCAUGUCCUCAGCUCUUGGGACCAGCCAGGUGAUGGUAACUGCUUCUGGUUUGCAAACUGCAGCAGCAGCUGCACUACAAGGAGCUGCACAAUUGCCUGCAAAUGCAAGUCUUGCUGCCAUGGCGGCAGCAGCAGGACUAAAUCCAGGCUUGAUGGCAUCCUCGCAGUUUGCAGCUGGAGGUGCCUUACUCAGUCUCAACCCAGGGACACUAGGCGGUGCUCUCAGCCCAGCUCUGAUGAGUAACAGUACACUGGCAACUAUUCAAGCUCUUGCAUCUGGUGGCACUCUUCCAAUAACAUCACUGGAUGCAACUGGAAACUUGGUAUUUGCUAAUGCUGGAGGUACGCCCAACAUCGUAACUGCCCCCCUGUUCCUGAACCCACAGAACCUUUCACUGCUCACCAGCAACCCCGUUAGCUUGGUCUCUGCAGCUGCAGCCUCCGCAGGGGCCUCUGGACCAGUCGCCAGCCUUCACGCCACCUCCACCUCAGCAGAGUCUAUCCAGAACUCUCUCUUCACAGUGGCCUCCGCCAGUGGAGCUGCCUCUUCCACCACCACUACUGCCUCCAAGGCGCAGUGAGUGGGGCUGAGCUGUGCUGCCCCAUGCCUGUGAGAAUGGCUGCUGGCUGGGCUUAUAUAAACUGCAAGGUGUGAUUGGCUUCCUCUCGCCAUGUUGCUGGGGACAAGGGAGAGAAGGAAAAAAUACAAGAAAAGGAAGAGAAAAAAAAUAACCAGGAAGGAUUAAAAACUGGGACAGACAUUUGCCUAAUUUUAUAAUAAACACUGUCUUUUCAGGAUUGCUUCAUUGAUUGGAGAACUUUCUAACCAAAAAUGUAAAAAAAAAAACAAAAACAAAAAAGGACUACUUAUCAUUUCCAGCAGUCUCAAUGGCAAGUUAAGGUGGGUUAUCAGCUCAAACAUAGGAAUGGGAUUUCUUCUUUCUUUUUGAUCUAAAUAUCUUUUUUUAAUUAUCAUUUAUUGGUCUGUUGUACAGGCCAUAAUGUCAUACAAGGUGUUUAUAAUCUUAUCAAUCGUGUUGGGGGUUCCUUUCUUAACUGGUACAAUUUAGGCAGGCCUGUAUUACUGAUGUAUCUCUUUAUGAUUAUUAUUAUUAUUAUUUUUAUAUAUAUAUAUAUAUACACACAUAUAUAUAUAUAUAGUUUGGACACAUUUGUCUUUGCUCCUAUAUCAUUUUUAGUGAGCUCCCAUGCCAUGUGAAGGAGAGAGAGGGGAGCUUGUGAAUUUCUUGCUGCCCUAUCUUUUGCAAAUGUGUGUUUGUUUCCUCUUCCAUGGCUUGUAUGUUUUUGGGACUCUGUCAGAGGUGUUUGGAAAGGCUUUUGCCACUUGUGCGGGCAGCUAAGUGAACAUGCAGAGGGUAAUGUGCAAAGAUUGUCCAUGCUUGUGAGGUGGGAGUUUUGACUGGACAGCCGCUUGCUCAGCAUACAUGGGCCAAAUCUGGCUCUCAUUUGCACGUCUUUGGCUCCUGUUGAUGCCAAGGGAGAAGGAUUUGGCCCUGUAGAGUCUAUCUUCAGUGCCAGUGUUGGUAGCUCUCAUAUCUCACCAUAGCAUGGAAAUUGCCACUUUACAACUUUGGGAAUAUAUUUCUGUUAUUUACUUUCUCAGGAGGCUGCUUGUAUUGAUGAUAACUUAUAUGCAUCCCACUUGGCUGUUUGUUUGGCAUAGGUUUUCUAAGGACACAUUUGGUGGUUUCUCCUGUACAGUUGCAUUGAAAAUAUUUUUAGCUUGGGUAUUUCUAUCCAAAAGUAAACUGGGUCACGUGGUCAGAAAGUACCAGUUUUAUGCCAACACAGCUGUAAAAAAGCAGCCUUGGGUUCUUACUCCAUUUUAAACAGUCCAUGGUCUUCUUUGACACUUGUUUGCUGCUGUGGAAAUAGAUGGUAAGGAAUCAUCAAAAACCUGGCCAGCCUGCUUGUGGGAGAGCGAGUAACAGUCUUUCUGGUGAACACUGGCAUGUUGCAUGUAUCUUGCAAUAUUUCAUACUGUCUCUGGGUGGUCAGGCUGCUGGCUCAAUCACUUAUGGCAGAAAAUGCUUCUACUAGAGGAGAAAAUAUGUUUCCAAGCAACGCAAGGAGUGGUAUUUGCAAACAGCUACUAACAAGGGAGGAAGAGACAGAGAUUAAGCAAAUGUUUGUUAUCCGACUGUUAAGUAUGAACUAGAACCUUCUACAGUGAUAUUGAACUUGAUGUAGAACUCGUUUAUCUUUUGAACUGAAUUGGAAAGUAUCUUCAGGGAGGGGCAACUGCCUAGUGGUCUGUUUCACUAAAGAUGGUGAGAAGGGAAUUCCAAAGUAGCGAGUUAUUCCAUUCCCUACCAAAGUAAUUCUUCAACAUCUCACCACCUGAUUCCAGAAAGGCAGCAGCCCAUUCUCAAAGCCUUUGCUGUCAGGUGAUUCUAUUCAUGAGCCCUGCAUUAAUGCUGAAAUCUGUGUCUCUUUUCCCAAGUCCAUCAUGCUGUUUUGCUCUUUGUUCAUCUCUGAAACUUCAGCUUCACGUUUCACAAGCUACUUAAAAUGACAAAUUCUUCCUAAACCUUUUUUAAAAACUUGUGAACUGCAAACAGGGAAAUGAGCAAAUGUCCGUCCACCGUCUUUAAUGUGUGUUUUGAUUUUUUUAAUGUUUUAUUUUUUUAAAACUAAGCUUGAACCAAAGUCAAUUUCUAGCAAGCUGCUGUACUAAUGGACUAGUUUGUAUAAGUGCAGUUCAGAUGCAGAGAGGUGAUAGAUGCUACUGACAAUUUCUUUUUCAUUUUUUUAUUUUAUAUAAAAAUUGCUGCUUGUUUUGAUCUUUUCGGGGGGAGGGGGUUAGUUUUUUAUAUAUUCUUGGGGCAGACAAACUCUUAACUUGAUUAUCUAAUUGCCGUGCUUUGGCAUGUAAAUAGAAUGGCCAUGGCAGAUUGUUACUAAUCCAACUGAUCCCACAUCCUCUUUAGUAGUUUGGCUCACUCUAAAUACUGUGGUGUGACUGUCUCCAUGACUUCAAUCUCAGUGUAAAAGUAUAGGGCUAUGAAUAAUACUGUGUGUUAAGAAAUUAAGUGGCCCAAAGCAACAGCUUGGAACAGUUAUGGGGAUGUAUGAAAGAAUAGUAGAGGAGAGGCAGGUACCUACUAUGUUGGUCUUAGGGGUGCAUAGCGUUGACUAAUUUCUACCAAAGGAAAUACCAUGAACUUGUUUUAUCCUGAUAAAUAAGACCUAAAUAUCUUUCUAUUUUCCAGAGUGGCUUGUGUACCCAUACAGGUUUUAACAGAUAGAGAGAAUGAUGGUGACUUCUGAACUAUGGCAUUUCAUUCAGCUGUAGAUUUUAAGGUGUCAAGCAGGGAGGCCCUUUAUGCUUAAGUGUGAAAAUAAAGAAAAUGCAAAUCUUUAAA